AUGGUCCAGCUGAACCCCUUCAAGGGGGGCAACAAUGAUGGUCCGGAUCCCAAAGAGGCUGAGAAGAUGAUGGCGCACGAGCUCGAGGCUGAGGGUGCGGAGGUGCAGACCUUCGACGAGAAUGCCUCGCCGGAGGAGAAGGGCAAGGCCGCGAAGAAGGCCAUGGACGGUGUCAAGCCGCGUGGCGAGCUCGCGGAACAGAAACGGUUGAAAGAGAAGGAAGAGAGCGACAAGCUGUACCGAAGUGUGCCCUCGGACAUCUCUGGCACUCGCACGCGCUCCAAUGUCAGCUUGCGCGACAUCGACCGCGCGAGCCGCGAGCGCGGCCAAAUGGGCGGCGACCUCCUCAUACCCGGCGCCCUCCCGGCCGGCGCGCCGUCGCUGAACAUUCCCGACUGGUACACAGUAGGCUGGGUCGGCGAGUCGCGCCGCCUGCUGGGCCUGAAACCCGACGAAUUUGACAUUGACCGGUCGCGUCUGCGUGAGUCAGACGUGGUCAGCACCUUUGUGCAUGACGCGUACUACGGCUACCUGUGGACAGACGCAGCGGUGAUUAUUGGCUCCUGUGUGAUUACUUACCUGCUCACGCGCUUCGGUACUGGCUGGGGUAUUGUGCUGAUUGUGGCCAGCGUGGCCGGCACCUACUACACGACCAGUGUGCGCCGCACACGCCAGCGCAUCCGGGACGAUGUCUCGCGCGAGCUUGCGCGCCGCCGCAUGCUUAGCGAGAAUGAGACGGCGCAUUGGAUCAACCACUUCCUGGCGCGCUUCUGGCUUAUUUACGAACCGGUGCUUUCAGCUACGAUCAUUCAGUCGGUGGACGAAGUACUGCGCGAUAACUGCCCGCCGUUCCUGGACUCGCUCCGCUUGACGACAUUCACACUGGGCACCAAGGCGCCCAUGGUCGACUCGGUGCGCACGCGUCCGGACACGGAGGAUGAUGUCAUUGUGAUGGACUGGAAGGUCAACUUUACACCCAGCGACGUGCAGGACCUGUCGGUGCGUCAGGCAUCGCGCAAAAUCAACCCCAAGGUCGUGCUGACCAUCCGCGUCGGCAAGGGUAUGGUCGGCGCCGGCCUACCCGUGCUCGUGGAGAACAUGAGCUUUGUCGGCACGAUGCGCUUCCGCCUGAAGCUGAUCAGCAGCUUCCCUCACGUGCAGAUGGUCGAUCUCUCGUUCCUCCAGCCGCCAAACUUUGACUUUGAGCUAAAGCCCAUUGGCGGCAGCACCUUUGGUCUCGACGUGGCGGCGCUCCCUGGUCUCUCUGGCUUCAUUCACAACCAGGUUCACAGUGCACUGGGUCCCAUGAUGUACAGCCCCAACCAGUUCUCACUGAACCUGGAGGAACUCAUGUCGGGUACGCCGCUCGAUGCUACGGCGGGUGUCCUGCAGGUCACUAUAUGGAGUGCCCGCGACCUCAAGCGCUUGAGCUUCAGCGGUGGCGCGCCGAACCCCUACUUUAUCAUCUCGGUCAACGACGGCAAGGAAGUGGCGCGCACGCGCACGAAGGAGCUGAAUGCCAACCCGACGUUCAAAGAUACGAACCAUGUGCUCAUUAAGGAUCUGCAAGGCCUACUGGUGCUCGAGCUCAUGGACGACAAGGGCAACCGCCCUCACACCCGCUUGGGUGUGACGCAGGUUGACCUCUCGUCGCUGGCCGACAACCCGUCGCCUGGCCAGAUGAACAAGGCCAUCAUGUACGGCGACAAGCCGCUCGGCUCAGUGCAGUUCUCGCUUGACUACUUCCCAGUCAUGAAGCCGGAAGUCGGACCGGAUGGGCUCCUGCAGCCACUGCCCGAGACGGCGGCCGGUAUUCUGCGUCUCACGCUCAACCAAGCACGCGAGCUGGUCAGUGCUCCGGAGAUCGAGGGCGAUAUGAGCAUCAAGGCGCGUCUGCUGCUGAACCGCAAGCUGAUCAAGGAGACGGCCGAGAUUAAGACGACGCUGAGCCCGAUCUUUGAGGAUGUGACAGAGAUGCUGGUCGUGGACCGCUACGGCAGUGUGUUGACGGUGGAGAUGGUCGACACGCGCAAGGGCGCGAAGAAUGCGGUGAUGGCAUCGCUGAGUGUGAAGAUUGACGACCUGGUGCAUGCGCGCGACCGCAAGCAGGACUGGUUCCCGUUUCCCGAGACCGAGCGCGCGCGCCUGCGCAUGUCGGGCCAGUGGAAGCCGGUGCUCAUGUCGGGCAGUAUCAACGGCAGCAACAGCUACCGCCCGGCCAUUGGUGCGCUCAAGUUCUGGGUGCGCGGGGCACGCGACCUCAAGAAUGUCGAGGUGCUGUCGGGCGGCAAGUCGGACCCGUAUGCCGUGCUGCGCGUGAACAACUUGCCGGUGACCGGUACGAAUGUGGUCGACGACAACCUGAAUCCGGUGUGGAACCAGGUGCUGUAUGCACCUGUGCACUCGACCGCCGAGGUGGUGCGUUUCGAGGUGUUCGACUACCAGUCGUCUACCCACGAUCGCUCGCUUGGCUUUUGCGAUAUCCCUGUGGGCGAGUUGGCCGAGGACAACAUCGAGGACUCGGUGUACCCGUACACGAGCCGCGGUCGCCGCUCGUUCCGUGAGCCUCUGAAGCAACCCAACGGCACGACCAAGGGCGUGGUCGACUUUGACGUGGAGUUUGUCACGGCCAUGCAUGUGGAAGGCGCCAACUUCAUCGAACAGAACAAGAAGCUGGAGGCAGAGCGCCGUGAAAAGGCCGGUCUCGACGCCCAAGUGAACGGCGACUCGGCGCUCACGUCGCCUGAUGCAAUCGAGGAGGCGGGAGCAGCAACGACCGCGGGCAACGCACACCUUAAUGAAGACGAGGGCGAGGACGACGACCCUGACGCGGGUGUGGAACUGUCGCCGGAGCAGGUGCUGCAGAGCCCGUCGGGUGUGGUUGUGUUCAACAUGAUCGAGGGCAAGUUCCCGCGCUCCCGCGCACAGCUUGAGGUGGUGUUUGACGACUGCGCCUGGCCAGCAUACACGACAGAGCCGCGCAAGAAGGACUACAACUGGGACGAGGUCGGCGAGUAUGUGGUGCGUGAGCUCGACGUGUCGAACGUGUGGUUCCGUGCACGUAUCGGUCCGCGCGACAGCGAUGUCAUUGCCGAAUACUCAUGCAAUACACGGUCGCUGCUGGAGAAGGCGCUCACGCAGCCGACGACCCUGCAGCUGACGCCGACAGGCGAGCAUGGCUCGCUGGACCCGACUAAGAUGAUCGGCAACACGGCUGAGAAUCUGAAGCCGGAGAACAUGGCCGGCGCGAUUUCGGGCCUGUCGAACAUGCCCGCCAAGGCGAUCGAGGCCGGCUCGGACUUGGCGGACAAGGGCAAGGAUGCGAUCUCCAAGCUCAGCGAGGGCGAGCUGCUGCUCGCGUCGGGUGGCUGCGAGGUAAAGAUUAGCUGCCGCUACAUUCCCAUGGAUGUGCAUCUCGAGGCCGUGGAGAGUGUCGUCAACCAGGGCAUCCUUACGAUCGAAGUGCUAUCGUGUGCGAACCUAUCGGUCGCUGACCGCGGUGGCAAGUCGGACCCGUACGUCCUGUUCCAGGACGACGGCGUUACGGUGGCCCGCAGCAAGACGGUGCGGCGCAGCCUGAAUCCCGUAUUUAACGAGAUCCUGCCCGAAGUCAUGAUUACCUCGCGACUCACGCACGAGUACUGCUUCAAUGUACGCGACUGGGAUCAGGUGGGCUCGUCGGACCCGCUGGGCGUGGCCGUUGUGAACCUGGCCGAGUUGGAGCCGUUUGAGACACACGAGCGAACGUAUCAACUCAAGGGCGAAGGCUCGAACCCUGAGAGCACCAUUACAGUGCGUCUCACGUUCCAUCCUCGAUACCUGAACAACCGCACCACCAAAGGCUCGAACCUGAUUGGUGGUGUGGCCUCGGGCGUGAUUGGCGGUAUUGGCGGUAUCGGCAAGGGCGUCGCGAGCGGUGGGCUCCACAUUGGCCGCGGCUUUGCCGGUAUACUUGGCAUCCACAAAAAGGAGGCCACCGACCAGGCAGCGGCCGAGCGCUCCGCCGCGCAGGAAUACGCAGCCGCGCAUGAGCCGCCCCAGUCGGGCCACGACGUCUCGGACAAAGCGGAGGGCGAUGCGAACUCGUCAGCCGUCCAGUCGGAGCUACAGCCCUCCAAGUCGCGCCAGUCUCACCAGCGUGGCCACUCCAUGUCUGAUAUGGCCAGCGUCAACGAUGGCGGCAGCACGACCCGCCGGCGGCACCGCGUCGCCAAUCUGUUCAAGAAGCGCUAG